AUGGAGAUUCUGCACAACUCCACAGACUUCAUCCUCCUGGGUCUCAUCACCCACCCCACGUGCCCUGGCCUCAUCCUUGUAGUCAUCUUCUCCAUCUUCGUGGUGGCUGUCACAGCCAACGUGGCCAUGAUCCUGCUCAUCCACAGGGACCCGCACCUCCACACGCCCAUGUACUUCUUGCUCAGCCAGCUCUCCUUUAUGGACACUAUCUACGUCUGUGUCACUGUCGCCAAGACACUCCAAGACCUGCUGUCCAAGGAAAAGACCAUUUCCUUCCUGGGCUGUGCAUUUCAGAUCUUCUUCUACCUGACCCUUGUUGGCGGCGAAUUCUUCCUCCUGGGCUUCAUGGCCUAUGAGAGCUAUGUGGCUGCGUGCAGGCUCUUGCAGUACCCUCUCCUCAUGAACCGCAGGGUUUGCUUGUUCAUGGUGGUGAGCUCCUGGGUAAGUGGCUCCUUGGAUGGAUUCAUGCUAAGUCCUGUCACCAUGAGCUUCCCCUACUGUGGGCCGCGAGAGAUCAACCACUUCUUCUGUGAGAUCCCAGCAGUGCUGAAGCUGUCGUGCACAGACACGUCUCUCUACGAGACCCUGAUGUACGCCUGCUGGAUGCUGAUGCUGCUCAUUUCUUUGUCCGUCAUCUCUGUCUCCUACACACACAUCCUCAUCACGGUCCACAGGAUGAACUCUGCCAAGGGCCAGCACAAAGCUUUCACAACGUGUUCCUCCCAUAUAAUGGUGGUGGGCAUCUUCUAUGGGGCAGCCUUCUACACCAAUGUGCUGCCCCAUUCCUACCACACACCAGAGAAAGAUAAGGUUGUGUUCGUAUUCUACACCAUCCUCACCCCGAUGCUGAACCCCCUCAUCUACAGCUUGAGAAACAAGGACGUGGACGAGGCUCUUAGGAAAGCCCUGGGGAGGUGUGCCCCCUCCCAGAGAAUCAGAGCAGGGGGAGUGCCCAGGAAAUACUAG